GUCGUGUUCAUCUCAAUGACUGUAGAUUCUCUGUGUGUGCCUUUCCAACAAAUCCAUGAAAUGUUGAAAAUGGUUCACACAUUUCUUCUUCUCUGUUUGUGGUUCUGCUGUAUGCUUGGUGUGUUUGGUGAUGAAGUGAAGUCAGUGUCAGUGAUGGAGGGAGAUUCUGUGACUCUAUACAGUAAUGUCACUGAAAUACAGAAGAUUCAGUUGAUAUUGUGGAAGUUUGGACCUCAAGAGACUCGAAUAGUUCAAAUCAAUGGAGAAGCUAAGAUCUCAAUAUAUGCUGAUGUUCUUGAUGGGAAAUUCAGAGACAGACUGCAGGUGAAUAAUCAAACUGGAGAUCUCACCAUCACAAACACGAGAACCACCGACUCAGGACUUUAUGAAAUGAGCAUCAGCAUCACACACAAGAUCCCAUACAGAUUCAAUGUUACUGUCUAUGAACAGAGUCGCACCUCUUAUCAUAUAGUUGUGAUCUGUUGUGUUGUUGGAUCUGUAAUGAUUGUAGCUUUAGUUUUGAUCUUCUGGAUCUACAGGAAACACAGAAACACAAAUCAACAGGUUCAAACCGGUGAAGAGGAGAUCACCUAUGUAGAUCCGAUAUUCUGUAAAAGACAAACACAUCAAUCGAAAGCUCCGGUGGAGGAUGAGGUGCUGUACUCAAAUGUCAUGAGACGAUGAUCAAACUCUCGAUGUCACUGGAUUUCAAUGUAUUCAUUUUAUAAAAAAUCAUCAAAGGAUUUGAACUUUUGUUUGGGCAUACAGAACAUAUUCAUGAAUUCACCAAUGUAUCAUUGUCAGCAGUCUACCAGCAAGAAAUAUGAUGGACAAGACAAUGUUUACUAAUUAUCAGCUAAAUAAAUACUGCACAGGGUUAACACAACUGUGAGUAGAUUGACUGCAGUUUAUUUGAGUAUCACUUGUAUAGUAUUCCUAUAAAUGCAUAUAAGCUUCAUUUCUGACUCAAAGUGAAACUUAAGUGUGGAAAGAAAUGUGGUUAUGUUUUGAGUGAAUGCGUGCGAGAGCGAGAUAGAGAGCGAGAGAAGAAAGCGUGAGACCAAUGUCCCCAUAAUUUAAAUAAAAAGAAGUUACACGUGCACCAUAUAGUGGGUUCGCUAUUUACAUGGCAGAAUUUACAAGAGAAAAAAAUGUAAUGCUUCUUCAGAGAGGAAACCAAUUUCAUUCUGUAUUAGGCUUCUGCAAAUAGGUCAUUCUGAUACAUGCAACGUAAACACAUCUUACUAACGCGCUUUAAAUAAAGUAAAAUAAAAAAUACUCUAGUCUAGAGUCUAUUUCAGCUGCCUUAAAACAGCAACAAGCCAACAAUCCGCCUGAAACACCUCGUUUACAGACCAGCACACCCAUGGGCAAACAGGUGGGUGCAAAUGUGUGCAUCGGAAGAAACACUUCGCGCCUGCCUGGUGUCGCAUUGCGCCGGGUGCAUAUAGGGUCCAUUAUGUCUAUGGAAAGUCCCACAAUGUACAGGUAGUAUAUGUUAAUAAGGAGUUAACAGUCAGACCUUUACUCUACACAAAACAAUGCUUACGCACAACAAUGAUCAUACCAAAUUUACAAAAGUUGGUAUAAUG